CAGAGAAGGCAACAAUUUUUGAAUUGCUCAGUAAUUUGAGUAUUCUGUCAUUUUUUGGGGGGGGGGGGAAAACUCAGAAAUAUCAUAAAGCAAAGACCAUCUGAGCUGUUAAACAUUAAUAGCGUGUCUCACUGUGGAUUCUCUUGUGUGCAAGACUUUAGAAUUUCUGGAGCAGCUUCAGAUGGCAAGGGGAUCAGCCUGAUGGAGGAGAAGCAGAGUGGUCCACCGACUUCUGUGGUUAACCUUGUGGGUGUAUUUGAGAACUUCAGUCUCUGCCGGAGUCCUGGCAAGGAACAGGUUCUUUCCCAACUGAGAGCAACAAAUCCCAUGGUGUCCUACAUCCUUCCACCUGCGGCAGGCGGAAGAGCCAUGAGUGAGGUCAAGAAAGGCACAUUUACAGGGCACAGCCAGGUAUCCUGCAGUGCAGAGUCAGGGAAGGAGUCGCCACAAGUUCCUAGGAAGCUCAGUGUCAAAUGUCUCAACUCUUUUCGAGGCAAGAUAAUGGCAAGCAACUGGAGGACUCAACAGGACAUGGACCCAUCUCAGCCAAGCCUCAAACUACACUCCAAAAGCAGCGGAAAACAGGACUCGGAGGAGAAAAAAAUAGCUUUGGAGCUCCUGGAAACAGAGCAGGCCUACGUGGCUCGCCUUCACCUUUUGGAUCAGGUUUUUUUCUCAGAGUUGAUGAAAGAAGCCAGAAGUGCAAAAACGUUUCCGGAAGAUGUGGUGAAAAUGAUAUUCUCCAAUAUCUCAUCCAUUUACCAGUUCCAUGCUAAGUUUUUUUUUCCAGAGCUGGAGAAGCGUAUGGAGAACUGGGAUUCCAAUCCUAGGAUUGGGGACAUUAUUCAAAAGGUAGCUCCUUUCCUGAAGAUGUAUAGUGAAUACGUGAAGCACUUCGACAAGGCUGUGGAGCUGAUCACCACAUGGUCUGAAAAGUCGUUGCCAUUCCAAGAACUCAUCUCCAGCAUUCAGAGACGAGAGAUCUCUGCCAACCUCACCUUGCAGCAUCACAUGCUGGAGCCGGUACAGAGAAUCCCCAGAUAUGAACUCCUUCUAAAGGAUUACAUCCGAAAGCUACCUCUGGAGUCACCGGACAGGGAGGAUGCACAGAAAGCUCUGGAAAUGAUUUUCACAGCAGCCAAGCAUUCUAACACUGCCAUUGCAGAAAUGGAACGACUCCAGAAGCUUUGGGAGGUGUAUCAUCGGCUGGGUCUUGAAGAUGACAUCGUUGACCCGUCAAAUGAGCUAAUUAAAGAGGGACCCAUCCAGAAAAUCUCUUUCCGGCACAACAACACAACAGAGAAAUACUUGUUCUUGUUUAAUAACCUGCUGCUCUACUGUGUACCAAAGGUCAUUCAAGUGGGUGCGGAGUUUCAGGUGCACAGCCGGAUUGAUGUGGAGGGCAUGAAGGUUCGAGAACUGAAUGAUGUGGAAUUUCCUCAUGCUUUUCUUGUGUCAGGGAAGCAGCGCACUCUGGAAUUGCAAACCAGGUCGCAGGAGGAGAUGAAUACCUGGAUAAAGGCCUUCCAGUCUGCCAUUGACAAGAAGGAGAAGAGGAGCGAGACCUUCAAGGCAGCCCUCCAAGGGCCUGAAGCUGAGACCCAAGACUUCAGUCAGUGCCAAUCUGAGGAGUUGGGUAAGCGGGCUCCUCAGUGGAUUAGAGACAAGCUGGUGAGCAUGUGCAUGCGUUGCAAGGAGCCAUUCAAUGCGAUCACCCGCAGGCGGCACCACUGCCGGGCCUGUGGCUAUGUGGUGUGUGGCCGGUGCUCCGAGUACAAGACUGAGUUGCAGUAUGACAAGAAUGGGCCUAAACGUGUCUGUGUGGAAUGCUAUGUCUUCCUGACAGGGCAUUUGCUGCAUGACGAGCGCCAUGGGAAACACAAAGGCAUCCUGGAGAAAGAAUCCGCAGAAAUAUCUGGGCAGAGCCUGAUGUGCAGUUUCCUGCAGCUGCUGGAUAAGAGUGGAAAGGGGAGCAUGAGGGGCUGGUUUGUGAUCCCACGGGACGACCCUCUUGUGUUGUACAUGUAUGCUGCACCCCAGGAUGUCAAGGCUCACACCUCCAUCCCCCUGCUGGGCUACCAAGUCAAGGAGAUGCCUCAGGGUGACACCCGUCACAUCUUCCAGCUGGUACAGUCCAAACAGGUCUAUACGUUGGUCGCAGAGACUGAGGAACUGAAACAGAGGUGGAUGAAGGCUAUAGCACAGUCAGCUCAUGGAGAAGAAGAAGAAGACUCAUUUGAUGAACUGGAAUAAUUGAAACCUUGUUGUGAGGCUGUUACAUACUCUGAACCAUCAUUUAAACAUCUGCAAAAGGAAAAAAAAACUUGUUUUUUAAAUAAUAAUAAUAACAAUAUUUUCUACAGAUUUUCAACCA